GAAACAGGCUAGCACAGUGCUAGCUUUUGUCUGCUAGAGACACGGAAAGAUGGCCGCGCGGCUUUACCGGAUCGGAAUGCGACGUGUGGACCACGCCAGCCCGAAAGCAAAUCUCUUCUUGGCCGGGAUAGCCGGCACGCGCUUUAUGUGCUGGCAAGGCGUCGACCCGCCGCAGCAUCAAACUUUUGAGUCAGAGCCCUGGUUUGACAGCGCGGCAACCUGCGACGGACGGCGCGUGGCGACAGUGGUAUAAGCCAGGAUGCUAGUAUUGUGACAGUGAAUAUCUUGUUUCAACAGCUGGACCUUGUUGUAGUACGC